UUUGCCAGUUAGUGGCGUUUGAGAACACAGAAAAAACAGGCCGACUCUUUUUUUUUUCCAGCUGAUAACCCCACAGGCAGAUUUCAUGAAACUCUACGGCGCUCUGACGCCAGACAGCAGGAGACCUAACAGAUGAGCAGAAGAAACGACCGCUUCGUGAUGACACGACGCACUGGCCCUUUAUUGCGCGAAUAUUUCAACUUCAAUAUGUUUUAUAUUCGUAAAAUACAUUUCCCCGCCGCCUUUACAAUUCUUUGCUUCUUAGUGUCUCCGGUGCUGCUAAAAGAUACCACAACGUGUCGGAUUGGAAACCCAAAAAAUCAUGUUGAUGAAAGAUGCCCUGUGGAAAUGAUAAGUUCUACGAUCACUGGGAAAACUUACUCUGAAUGUGUUUCUGUUUAUGUCUGGUUGAAAGCUGAGGAUUUUAACAAGAGCCCGAAGCUUAAAAUUCUCAGUCCAAUUAAGAAGACACUUAGGCCUACCCUGAAAAUACUGCCACAGAAAAUACAGCGUGAGAAUAAAACACGUAAAGGUGAAAAGUUCAGCUGCUGCGACUGUAACAUCCCGCAAUUACCAGAGAGAAAUAACAGUCGUCCCAUGUGGGUGCUUGAAUAUGACUGUGUCAAGGCGAACACUGGAAACAUUGUUUCCGUGUUCUACAGCACAAAGUCACUAAGCUGCAAUGUCACUUACAGAGUAGAAGAAAGCCCAGACUUCGAUCUGUCUGUGGAUUCGUCAUCUAAAUCUAUCACUGUCGCUAUGAAGAGAAAAUCCAUCAACGUCACCACGAAGAAUGAAUCUUUUACUGUUACCAUGAACACCGAGGAAGUCUAUGUCAGACACUGUUACAAAAAUGAAUGGAAAUGCAAGGGCGAGACCGAGCGGCAUCCGCUGAAAAUUGAUACAUCCCAAUCAACUAUUCUCAACAUCUCUUACCUGCUGCCCUGUGUGUGCAUAGAGACAUAUUACACCCACACCGACGCAACGCGGCGUAAAAAGUGCCCCAUUGAAGAGACGGGAGUCAUGGAUGCCAGAGAUGUAUUUUCCUCCUCUGAAAUCACUUUCUACACGGACGGUUUUACGCUGAAAACACUGUGCCCAGCCAGCCAGCUGAACAUCUCUGCCUCCCUCUGCUGGAUGCAGCACAAACACCUCUGCACGCCUGUGCUUAACUCCACCCUGGAGAAGAAAGACAGGCUUAAAUAUGACACUACUGCAGUGGACAAACACCCUCAGAUGUGUGUGCAGCUUUCUGUACAAGGCAUACGUAACAUCUCUUGCCCUUUUACAGCAGAUGAGUCUUCUUGGGAGGUCUCUAUUGGACCUGGAAGGCAGAUGAUAAUGGAAGGAAACAGAAGUGAAAAAAUAAUAAAUUUGCCUCUUCACUUUUAUUCUAAAAAUCCUUGCGUCCAGGUGUGGCAGUCGGAUCCUGUUUGUCAUGGAAGAAGAAUUUUGUGCCCGGACUACACCCACAAUAGACACGGCUUGUAUGCGGUGGCAGUUCUGAUAUUUGUGUUUGUAGUUGCGUCAUUUGGAAUUUUUAUCCAGCGUGCUACAAAGAGGGGAGCUGCAGGUUGGCUGUAUAUCCAGAAGCCACUGCUGCUGGUGUGUUCAUCAGGUCAGUCGGACCAUAUCUCUGCUGUGUGUGCAUUAGCCUCAAUUCUUCAGGAGGAGCUAGGUGCCACAGUACGCACACCUCUGUGGGCCCAAAACUCUCAAAGCCAGGAUGAGUCGGGGCCUGGUGUGGCAGAUCUGGGCCCACUUCCCUGGCUGUAUGGGCAGUGGGAUGCUGUCUGCAAGGAGCAAGGAAAAGUGCUUGUAAUUUGGAGUCCUGAAGCCAAGAAAACCUAUCAGAAGUGGACAAUGGAGAGGGCAAACACAGAUCAGAGUGAAAGAAAAGAGGUAGACUGCAGAAAUGCACACAUGAAACAUGAGAAAACCAAGGCAGAGCUGGAAGAGGAUGUGAAGCAGAAUGGAAGAAAAUUAGGAAAAUUUAAACACGAAAAAGCUGUUGGAAAAAAAGAUGGUGCUAAAUUAUGUGACGAUAAAGACUUGUACCGACAAAAGGAGGCCUCUGCAUUGAUAGAGCCAAUGUUCACAGCUGUGCUGGCUCGCUUAAAAAGGGUGCUGCAGGAGCACAAAAAUCAAGAAGUUGUUCUUAUCUAUUUCCAGGGCCUCGGCCACAGCAAGGAUAUCCCAAAAGCCUUCAGGGAGGUCCGUCAGUACUGCUUACCCCAGGAUUUCAGGGGUUUAAUAGGGGAGCUGGGAGAGAUGACAAGAAGUGUUAAAUUUAGGUGGCACUGCUGGCCCAGAGUCCUUUCUAAAGUGCUGGCAAUAUGGCUGGCACAGAAACUAUCUCAGAGGCUGCAGACGCUCGUGCCUCAGACACAACGAAAUAAAGUGCAAUCAAGAAAAUAUCAUCGAUGAAAAAGACAUUAGAUAAGCCUGAGAGCAGUCUGAAGUGGCCUUUGGCUGCCAGACCCUGAACUGUGCAGGUGUAUGUGUUUCUACACGGGAGAAACACUACCACUACCGUGGAAAGCAGAGAAGGUUUAAUCUCAAGUUUCAAAGUGACAGAAGUGGGUUUUUUUGUUUUUUGUUUUGCUGGAAACAGGAGUCACGGGAGCCGGUGUUCCAUUGCAAGCUCCUGAAACCCUCACUCUGUACAAACUAUUCAUUACCGAGCUCUGCUGUGUCCAAUAUGCCACCAGAUGUUUUGCAUGUUAAGGUAAACACUCUGUCCUUUGCACAGCAUUUAGCCUCUGACAGAGGGUUCUUUAUAUUACUUUCGUGACUGAAGCCCUAGUGAACACCUGUCUUAUCUGCGCGAAUAUGCUAACCACUAUGAAAAUCUUGUUGCAAAUAAUACCUCACUUUUUUCAUGAACACAUUUAAUGUUUCAAAGUGUUGUGACAGCACAGGUGACAAACUGCGUGACUGCUGUUUACAAAAAACCGUCAAAUUUGCAUAGGAUUUUCUAAACACAGACAUUAAGCCAAAGCUUUCAUCGGAUUUCCACUUUUACUGCAAAUGUAAAAUGUGCUUUACUAAUUAGAAAGUAACUGCAUUCAUGUGUUUAUUUUUUUGGCCUUUAGUGGGUUUAAUAGCUUUUUGUAGUAAUAACUCCUAAUUAUGACUGGGGCUACUUCUACAGCUGUGUCUACAAGUGUGUUUUUUUUGCACACAUACUACCUCCUGCAUUUUAAAAGUGAAGAAUAAUUAACAUUUUGGCCUUUUUUGUUGUUGUUGUAUUUUUUCCCAUUGUGUUUUUCACUAUGCUUGUUAUUUAAUGAAUGGAAACGAAAAAUGAACAUGAAUGGUAAGACUUGGCUGGGGGACUCAAUGAGACAGAAACAGAUAAAGCCAGUAUUAUUCAAAUUAUCCAACGGAAAACAUGUAGUGCAGUGGUUACCUCAAAAUCUCAGAGCAUUAGAACAAGAAAACUGUGUCUGUGGUACUUUCCCAUGUCUUAUAUUUAUUGCAGGAGUUUUAUUAACUUCAACGGUGAACAUUAUGCAAAGUGAGUUUAAACAGAAAAGUGACAUCUCGUCUGGAUCCACAGACAAAAGUGAUUGACCUUUGAAGAAGUGUUUGUUCGGUUUCACUAGUUAUUCCCUGAAGCUGUUUUCCCUUCUUAAGUAUUUUAAGGAGACAUUAGCCUGCAGCACUGUUUGCAUUAUAAGAAUAUGUUUUGAAUAAAAAACAGACUGCUUGACAAAAUAA